CAUCCAGAAACACGUUUUUCGAAAUUUGUGCUCCAUCUACAAUCUCUUAAGCAAUUGAUCCAAAUAUCACAGUACUUUUUUAAGAAAUUGAUUUUACAGGAGCAGUAUUUGUAAAUUGAGUACAGUCUAAAAACUUUGUUUUUGCCUACAUUAUAUCUAUAAUGCAUCCUUCUUACUGCAGGAGGCAGCAGUUUUGACUAUAGCACAUUAGACUGAAUAGAAAUCCAUUGAAACUAAUUAUAAUGCGCACGUGAAUAUAAUCAUAUAAGGAAAAAUGCAUGUGUCGCGCAUUAAACCUUUUUGUGUUAUUCCGUUUUUCAUAAUUACGUAUACACUGUCCAGUACCGGAUGCUAUGCCUUCAUAAUCUGCACCUGGAAUAUAUUUCGUUUCGGACCUGGCAAGUUUUCAGUGCCGGAUGUUUUGAUCACUGCUGGAAAAAAUGCAUCCAGGAUGGAUAUUAUUAUUGAUCAACUACAAGGAUGCGAUAUUGCUGCAAUCCAAGAGUAUAUGGAUGUACAACAAACAGUUAUGGAAACUUUACGAUUGGAAAUAGUUAGAAGAACCGGCAAACCGUUUUCCUUGGAUUUAAGUCCUCGGGUUGGACGGAACAGUACAGAGCAAUAUGCUUUUCUUUAUCGAAGCGACAAAGUAAUAAAGACAGAGACUGCACUCUAUCCGGAAAGGUCAAACGCGGAUGAAUUUCAUCGUGAUCCGUACUUUGCAAGGUUCUCCACCCUUUCCCGUACAAACCACCAGCUGCAAGAUAUUUUACUGGGAACGGUCCAUUUGGAUCCAGAGGAUGCUGUGGAAGAAAUCAAUAGUUUGGUGGGGGUGUUUGACUGGGCACAAAGAUAUUUCGAUACACCGGACGUCAUGGUAAUUGGUGAUUAUAAUGCGGGAUGUUCAUACGUCAAAGAGCGGGAUUGGCCAAGAAUACAAUUGUGGACAAACAAGACCUUUACGUGGAUUGUGCCGCAUGAUAUGGAUACCACCGCCAUGGCGUCGGUGUGCGCAUAUACGAGGGCGGUUUAUACCGGGCAGACAUUCAAGAAUACUUAUUUAGAGAAUUCCGUUGAAGCCCCAGAUUUUGCCAAAAAAUUUAAUCUCAAUUCAACGCAGGCGAGACUCGUUAGUGACCACAGACUGGUAAAGAUGACCUUUAAUGGACCCGAUUCCAAAGACAACCAACUUCAUACUCCAAGUGGCGCUGAUACGUUAUUUCGACAUUACUACAUCCGUCAAAGCAGCAGUAGUGAUGCCAUCCACAAGCAACAUCAUCCACGCAGCGACUUUGGAGCUUUGGAGCCCACGCCAUAAACAGUUUCCGUUCAUCCACUAUAACAAGGAAGAUUAUUAUUAAUGCCGGACUUGUAUAAUUACGCACAAGUACGUGGCAGGUCACGGUUUGGGCAACGCAAAAAGCAUUUCCUCGUUAUUCCUACAUUCGUACUGUUAAUUUAGAAAUUAAACUGGAGGUGCACAAUUUAUUUUUUAGAUAUUACAGACUAAGAGACUGAAUGUAUUUAUAAGUAUUUAUUUGUUAUAGAAGUAUACCUGAUGCCAUGGUAAAUAAUUAUUCGGAAGAAUUAUUCAUUCAUAUGUUGCGAACGUUAUCUAGGAACAAAGAGCGUGUUCUCUAAUACAUAAUUUGUAAAAAGCAGUUGUACGUUU